AUGCCUGUCCAACAGCAUGUGCUCAACUGGCUGUAUAGCGUCUUGACAAGUGAAUAUCACGAUGUGAAUCGCACCUACAACGAUGUCGCCACCGUCCUCGCACGAUACCCAACGCUCGCUCCACGAACCGAUGUGCACACCUUCCCCAAUGGCGCAAGUGCCCUCCUGGUGCACUUGACGGGCACAAUCCCAGUCCUCUUCCGCGGCACCACGUACAGGUUUCCCAUUUCAAUAUGGGUGCCACAUGCAUAUCCUCGCGAGGCACCGCUGGUGUAUGUGACGCCAACGGAGACGAUGAUGGUUCGCCCGGGCCAGCAUGUCGAUCCCCAGGGCCAGGUCUAUCACCCGUAUCUGGCUGGCUGGGGCGACUUUUGGGAUAAAUCAAGCUUAAACGACUUUCUUUCCGUCUUGAGCGACGUCUUUGCAAAGGAGCCGCCGGUCAUCUCGCGCCAGCAGCCUCGACCAACAGCCCAGAGCCCGCCUCCCGCCCAGGAGCCGCCUCCGAUUACACCUCAUCCCCCAGAAAGGCCUCCUGCCUCGACGUCUUCGCCUGCUCACCCUGUUCCUAUUCAAGCGGAAUCUCGCCCACCACCUCCACCUCCUAAACCUCACCAAGAAGCUCCUCACCAAGAAGCUCCUCGUCAGGAUGUUCGCUCCCCCCCGCCGAUUCCACCUCACCCCCAUCUCGCUUCCCCCAGCCCUCCCAGCUCCGGAAUGCCUUCUAGAUAUGAAUCGGCUCCUCCCUUGCCGCCUCAACCCCAAACGUCUAGACCACCAUAUCAACCUCAAGCUCAACCUCUACCUCAGUAUGCCAACGCUCAAGGACCCGCCCCCCCUCACUCUCCCCCCCAGGGACCAAGCCCAGGAUACAAUGGUCAUUUCGACGCACAGGGGCAAUUACCGCCACAGAGACAAUGGCAACCGCCGCCGCAGCAGCAGCCGCAGCAGCAGGCAUGGGAUAGAAUUCCCCCUCAGCAGCACCAGCUUCAGCCUCAACCUAUCCAUCAGAAAUCACCACCCCCUCCGAACCUUCUUGAUGACGCACUCAAUUUGGAAAUAUCGUCACGCGCCAUCGAGGCCCCCCCUAUUCCUCCGAACCCCGAAAAAGAUGCCCUUCUCAGGCAGCUCGCCCAGACUCUAGCGUCUAUCCGGCAACGCAGUCGACAGCAGAAUGAGUCCAGCAUGGCCGGAUUAGAGGCCCAGCAAGCUGCCAUGCUAUCUGCAAUGUCCGCCAUACAAGCUGAGAUGGGUCAGCUUACACAGUUUUCUAGUAUCAUCACUUCCAACACAAAUAUUCUUCAUGAUGCUCUGCGCAAGGCAGAUGCUGUGAUUGAAGGAUCGAGGAGCCACGUGGUCCCAGAUAUCGAUGAAUUAUUAGUAGCCCCGACGGUAGUAUCGAAUCAACUGUACAGGGUAGUGGCAGAAGAAAGAGCACUAGGCGACGCCAUCUUUAUGCUUGGGCGUGCUGUUGAGAGGGGCCGCAUAUCCCCCGCUGCGUUUGCGAAGAUGACGCGAUCUCUAGCGAGAGAAUGGUAUCUGAAGAAAGCUCUAGCCCGCAAAAUUGCACAGGGAAUGGGGCUUAUAGUACACACGGAACCCUGA